GACUGUUGAAAGCUGAAAGGUUUAUAGACGCUUUUGGCGGCAUUAAUUUUUACAGUGUUAAAUAGAAAGUACUUCGCAAUGGUAGAUCAAAAACAGAACAAUGAAGAGCUCACAGACGCCGAAGCCGAAUUAUAUGACAGGCAAAUUCGUCUGUGGGGUUUAGACUCACAAAAACGGUUGCGAGCUGCAAAAGUUCUUUUCAUAGGUCUAGAUGGUCUUGGAGCAGAGGUUGCUAAAAAUAUUAUUCUAGCUGGUGUCAAAUCUGUUACAUUUUUAGAUCAUAGAAAUGUAACAAAUAUAGAUAGAUGUUCACAAUUUUUUGUGCCAAAAAAAGAUAUUGGAAAGAAUAGAGCUGAAGCAUCUUUACCAAGAGCACAAAAUUUGAAUCCUAUGGUUGAUGUUAACGCAGACUCAGCUAAAGUUGAUGAUAAACCUGAUGAAUAUUUUGGACAGUUUAAUGUAGUAUGUGCUAUGCAUUGCACUAUCACACAACUAAAGAGAAUCAACCGAGCUUGCAGUAAUCAGAAUGUCAAAUUUUUUGCUGGAGAUGUAUGGGGAUUAUUUGGAUAUGUGUUUGUAGAUUUACAGGAACACGAAUAUGGAGAGGAUGUUGCAAAACCGAAAAAAGUAAAAAUAUUAGAAGGUGGCGAACCUAUGGAAAAAGAAAAGUUUGAAACCAUAAUAGUUAAUGAAAAACGUACUGAUAAAUUCGUACCUUUUGAGUUUAUUUUAAAUGUUAAUAAAUCGUCUUUACCUAAAAAUGAAGAGAUUUAUUACUUGAUGCUAGCAAUGCUGAAUUAUCGUGAAAAAUAUGGUGAAGAUCCAUUGCCUAGUGAAAGAGAUUGUGAGAAUCUAAAAAAUGAAAUUUCCGCAAUCGUAAAAAAAUACGAUUUAGGAGAUAACAUAAAUUUAACAAACUACAGUGAAUUGUAUGCACAACUUAGUCCUGCUUGUUCUAUCGUCGGUGGUAUCAUGGCUCAGGAAAUAAUUAAAGCAGCUUCGCAGAAACACGCUCCAAUUAAUAACUUAUUUACUUUUGAUCCAGUUUCAUUUAGAGGAACUAUUCUGAAAUUGGGUUAUUAAUCAUAUAUAAAGUAUAAUAAGAUAAAAAUAGUUUUUUACAUUUUGAUAUGACAUUCAUCUCAUUUAUUCUUUUGUUCACGAAAAGGUAUGUUCAACAUAGGAUCAAUUACAUAAGAAUCUGUCAACAAAUAAUCAUAUUUAAAAAAUAAAAUUUUUUAACAUUGA